UCGAAACGAAACAGUCACAAUUUAGUCGACGCCUUGCAAAUAUACCAAUAAACAAAAGCAAAUUAUGUCAUCGCUAUCGGAACUAUCCAAACCGUUCCUGUACACAUUUUACUUCCUAGCCCAAAAUCCAUUUCCUUCGCCAACGUUUACUUCAAAAAAUAAGUUCUUGUGGUGCUUAUCUAAACUACCAGUUCUUGUGUUAAGUUCUGUCAGUCUUUACGUGACUAUAUAUUCAUUUACCAAUGACCAAUACGCUACACCGAAAAAUCAUGCACGGGAAAUUAUUCACGUCCUACUAAUUAUUAGUUCGUCGAUGACCAAUCUAACCAUAGCUUACCAGUGUAUAUUUCUAAGUCGUACUUGGAUUCAGAUUCAAGAGUCAUUCAGUGGACUGGAAACCGAAUUUAAGGAUCUAAUACCGGGCGAAGAUGUACAUUUCACAAAAUUUCGUAAACAUUUCGUGUUGAAGUGUGGCGCUAUGUUCUUUUUCUACAUCAUUUCGAUAUUUGCGAUGAUUAUGUCCCGUGUAACUGACGAAAAAUUUGUUAGCAGUUAUAUGGUGGUGUUGACGCUUCUUAACGACUUGAGUGCAUUGCAGACGAUAUAUUUUGUGGAUCUGAGUAAAUAUUUUAUGAAAACUAUAACUCAUGCUUUCCGUGCUGACCGUACUAUUGACAUCAAUGAAAAAUUUGCCGAGGAGAAAUUUAUCAAGUCAAUGAAGAGACUUCAUCUGAGCGUUUGGAAGACGGUGGAUAAAAUUAAUGAAUAUUUCGGUCUGUUCCUUUUGGGCUAUAUCAUUCAACAGUUUCUGAUGAUUUCCUAUGACAUUUAUUGGAUCUUUUUGAAUAAAUUCGAUGUUGGCAUCUGGUUGGGUCUGGACAAUGGUUUCGUGCUCAUUAGUGACAUGUUGAGCUUUUUCUUUUUGUCCAAUUCGUGUCACAAACUUUCCACCGAGGCAGACAAAAUUCGGACAUUACUUUAUGAGAGAGAUGAUUGCCUGUCAUUGCCAGAGGGUCAGCUAUUUCUAUCACAAAUAUUGAAUCAACCGAUAAAAAUUGGAGCGAAAGGAUUUUAUAAAUUAGAUCAAUCAUUUUUCGCAGCUUUAACUGUCGGAAGCAUGACGUCGGCGAUAAUGUUGGUUCAAUUUCAAUUCCAAACGUUGAUUUAAGUGAUAUACGGAGAGAGGGAAAGAAAAUCGUCGUUAUCAUUUUUACGACUAUCAAUUAAUUAUUUUGCUGUUGUUUUAUUAAAUGGUAACAUUUAUAUUUUAUUGUUAGAAUACUCGAAUAAUUUA